AUGGAUAUACGACUUGCGCGAGAUGCUGUUGCUGCGGUGAAACGGCUGUUUCCAUCUGUGAAUUCCGUUGGGAGCAUGGGCAGUGAAAGUAGACCAAUAGGCAGAGAUGCAAGGCACUCGACCCGCGACCACACUGGCUAUGUUCAUCCCAGUCGUAGGAGCGUGGGGCGCGGCCAAUGCCCAGCAGCAGCGCUGAAUACACAAUCACGUAACCCUUUGGUCCACUGUUUGUAUUGGGCUCGGCCCGCCGAGGUGAGAUGGCACAAUCAAGGACAUAGUGGCGGACAUAAGGUUGUCGCUUCGGGAAUAAGAUACAGAUGGGUGGCUUCGCUUCGCGUCUCCCAGCCUGAAGAAAGAUCGAUCGCCAAUAGGAAAGGGAGCUCCGGAGGCGUCGAAACAAGUCUGAAUGGCAUGAAUGAAUGGUCACAGAUGAAAGAUGUGAGAUGGAUCGGCAUGAUCCCCUGUCUCACAUAUUCACGCUGA